AUCAGACCAGAGGUUUCUCUCUCUCACUCUCUGCUGUUCUCAAGGUUUGUAAUCGGUCAUUAGCUCUUUCUCUUUGAGAAAACUCAUUAUGGAUUUGGACCCAGAAGACAUUUUUCGAGAUGAUGACGAAGACAUAGAAAAUGAAUUCUAUCAGCAAAGAGAUUCCAGUAAAGAACUCGUUGUGUACCUUGUCGACGCGUCACCGAAGGCGUUCAAUCCAGCGAGUAAAGCGGAAGAUCAGGAGGAAACUUUUUUUCAUAUUGCUGUCAGCUGUAUUUUCCAGUCAUUGAAGACCCAAAUCAUUAAUAGAUCUUAUGAUGAAGUUGCAAUAUGUUUCUUCAACACGAGAGAGAAGAAAAAUCUACAAGAUUUAAAUGGCGUUUUUGUAUUCAAUGUUGCAGAACGGGAAUAUCUAGACAGGCCAACAGUGACGCUUAUAAAAGAGUUCAGUCACAUUGAAGAUACAUUUAUGAGCAAAAUUGGUAGUCAGUAUGGAAUUAUUUCUGAGUCUCGGGACAAUUCCGUUUACAAUGCCCUCUGGGUAGCUCAAGCUUUGUUACGUAAAGGGUCGGCAAAAACUGUGGAUAAGCGAAUUCUUUUGUUUACAAAUGAAGAUGAUCCUUUUGGAAGUAUCAAAGGGGCGACGAGAACAGAUAUGAUAAGGACAACAAUACAACGCGCGAAAGAUGCACAAGAUCUUGGCAUAUCAAUUGAACUGCUUCCCUUGAGUCGGUCAGAUGAUGAGUUCAAUGUUUCCCUCUUUUAUGCUGAUUUGAUUGGAUUGGAAGGUGACUAUCUUAAGCAGUUCAUUCCAUCAGCAGGAGAAAAGUUGGAAGAUAUGAAGGAUCAAUUGAGAAAAAGAAUGUUCAAGAAGCGCAAAGUUAGAAGAAUUACAUUCUCAAUUGUUAAUGGCAUAUCUAUUGAGCUGAACACAUAUGCUUUAAUUCGUCCAACCCUUCCAGGGGCAAUCACCUGGCUUGAUUCUGUUACCAAUCUUCCUUUAAAGACUGAAAGAUCCUUUAUUUGUGCGGACACGGGUGCAUUGGUCCAAGAGCCCACAAAACGUUUUCAAUCCUAUAAAAAUGAGAAUGUUAGCUUUUCCAUGGAGGAACUAUCUGAAAUAAAAAGGGUUUCAACUGGACAUCUUCGUCUUUUGGGAUUCAAGCCAUUAAGUUGCUUGAAAGAUUAUGAUAAUCUGAGGCCAUCAACAUUUCUUUUUCCUAGUGAUGAGGAAAUAAUUGGAAGUACCCGCAUUUUCAUUGCUAUACACAGAUCAAUGUUACAGCUUAAGCGGUUUGCAGUUGCAUUUUAUGGCAGUUCGACUCAUUCUCAAGUGGUUGCUCUGGUUGCUCAAGAUGAGAUAGCUAAUUCCAGCGGUCAAGUUGAGCCACCUGGAAUGCACAUGAUCUAUCUUCCUUAUUCUGAUGACAUUAGGCAGAUCGAGGAGCUUCACAUGACCGUUGGUUCCAUGACACCUCGAGCUACAGAUGAUCAAAUUAAGAAAGCCACCGCUCUAUUGAGACGUGUGGAUUUGAAAGAUUUUUCGGUUUGUCAAUUUGCAAAUCCAGCCCUACAGAGACACUAUGCUGUAUUAGAAGCCUUGGCCCUUGACGAAGAUGAGAUGCCAGAGAUGAAAGAUGAAACUGUUCCUGAUGAAGAGGGCAUGGCUAGACCAGGAAUAGUUAAUGCACUUGAAGAGUUCAAGGUUUCUAUUUAUGGGGAAAACUAUGACCAAGAGGAAGCUGAUCAUCAAUCCUCAAAGACAUCCGCAAGUGAGGCAUCUAGAAAACGAAAGGAAAUCACUGAUAAUGCAGUGAAGGAGUGUGCAAAUUACAACUGGGAAGAUCUUGCAGACAACGGAAAGUUGAAGGAUUUGACUAAUGUAGAGUUAAAGUAUUAUCUUGCUGCACACAACCUUCCUGUUACUGGAAAGAAAGAAGCUCUCAUCAGUAGGAUAUUGACACACAUGGGAAAGUAAGUUCUUUUAUUUACGUAACUGAUCAUUGUAAAUGAAAUUUUGAGGGUGAAAGUUGCUAGAAAACCUAGUAAACAAUUGAAGAGAACAUGUUGUUCCCCAUAUUUUAGAUCUGUUCAGAGUAUAUGUCUA